AUUCAAUCCCUGGUGCAGGUAUAGGUAAUCGUGUAGAAUUUUUCAGCAGUGCACAAUCCUCAAUCGUUUCCAAACUUCCCCGUCUGAAACUUUUCAACAUCGAGCUCUCGUCGCUCUCGCUUUUGGCUCUCAUCUGCUCUUUUGUGGGUGGGUCAGCUGGCAACAUAAAUUUAUGUUAAGGUUGUAAACAAAACAUAAACCCUAGAAUCUCACGGCGCGAAAUGAACGUCGAUUCCACCGAAUCGAAAUCUGCUGGAUUUAUAACAGCCCAUCAAUCUCUCAAAGCCCACCACCAACGUUGGCGCAAAAUCAAGCUGGGCGUAGAUGCAUUGGAUCAACUGACCGGGGGUGGCAUAAGCUCACGUGGCAUAGUCGAAAUUGCCGGAGAUCCCGGUUCGGGUAAAACCCAAAUGUGCCUCCAUCUGGCUUUGGCUUGCCAGAUGCAAUGUGAGACGCGGAAAGGAGUUGUGUACAUAAGCACCGAGCAUCCGUUCCCCUCCAAGCGAUUGGUUCAAAUGGAACAAGUGAUGAAGCGCAAUCUCAGGAUAACGGAAGAUAGCAUGAAGUUUACGGAUAACAUUUUCGUCGAACAUCUGAACACAGCUGUAGCUCUAGAAGAAUGCGUCAACCAGAGGCUCCCCAUUCUGUUGGAGAACAACCCGAUAAGUUUGCUCAUAAUCGAUUCCAUAACGGCGGCCUACACCGAGGAGCAGAACUUCGUGGACCGCGCCCAUUCGUUCCGGCGGGUGGUCAAUGCCCUGCAUUCCCUACAAGACAAAUUCGAUUUUGGAGUGCUUUGUACGAACCGGGUGCGAUCCGUGGUCGACAGUUCCACGUUGGACGACGAACGGAUAGUUCCCGCCAUGGGGCUGGCCUGGGGCUCUCUGGUGCACACGAGAUUUCAGCUAAGCCGGACUCCCGGAAGUGGUGAGCGACGGUGUCAGUUGCUGUUCAGUCCCAUGGCGGCCCCGGGGCACUGUAGCUUUGCCAUUACCGAAGCAGGGAUUUCGGAUUUUGCGUAGCUUACGAUUAAGAGUUGGAACAUGGCCGUUAGAUUCACAGUUUGUUUUAAUUGUACAUUUAAAAUAUAGAAUUUUACACGUAUUCCGCCGUAUCUGUUCUUUUUGAUUCACUAUUCUAUGAUUGAUUGUGUUUUUCUUCCUAAUAAAUAUGCUAUUUUUGUUUCAAUUAUUUUGCCUACUCUAAACGUUUCCUGUCCAACGUGUGGUUUUCAUAUUGAUUUUAUUUUUUUUUGCUUCUACGUUUUUUUUUGUUUGUCCUCUUAAAUUAUCCAUUCUAGUUGAAAUCA